AUGUCUGCGCCGCGUGGAACUGGGGUCUGCAUUGUGAACAAGACCCACGAGGCAUCCCAAAAGAAGCUCGAUAAGAUGGACCAGUUGGGUAUUCCUCUUGCACCACUGACCAAAUAUCAAGCGGUUCCUAUCCAGUCAGACGAGGAGUACUUGCAAUACUGGCGAGAUCAUGAGCCCUAUGAUGUUGCCGAGUAG